CAAAUCUGGUAUGCCAAGACCCUUGCCUGCUGCAGUUCAUCGCAAAAGGCAUAAGCAGUUCAGCUGUGCCUUUCCCUUGUGCUGAUGUCCAGUAUUAUCAGAGAGGAUAACGCGGGCACGACCACUCUCUCUCCCUGGACCUAGCCUAUGCACACCCCGUCACAUCUCACCCCACGGGCAGUACCUCAGAUAGGGUCUCCACACAAAUACCAAGUCCAUGCACUAAUCCACCAUAUCCACAAGUUCAUGGACGAGCUCCCAGUAGACCAACCAAUCAGACAAACCGCCCGGGCAGCCUCUUCCCGCCGCUAGUCGCUGCAAGCCUGCAAGCGCAACGCCCAUGCACGUCCCCGCGCCCCACCUCCUCCCCGCGCCGCCCAAGCCUCACUACCAUGCCGCGCUCCGCUUCACCGUGUCCGCGUCCGCCGCGCCGGCGAGCCCCGCGGCCGCCCGCAAGGCCGUCAUUGUCGGCGGCGGGCUCGCGGGCCUCGCCGCGGCGACGCACCUGACGUCGCUCUCCGUGCCGUUCACGCUCGUCGAGGCCUCGGACCGCCUCGGCGGCCGCGUCGCCACCGACGUGGUGGACGGGUACCGCCUGGACAGGGGCUUCCAGAUCUUCCUCACCGCGUACCCGGAGUGCCGGCGCCUCCUCGACUUCCCCGCGCUCAGGCUCCGGCCGUUCUACCCCGGCGCGCUCGUCUUCGUCGGCGCCGGGGAGCCGUUCUACCUGCUCUCCGACCCGUUCCGCCUCCCACUGCGUUCCCUCUCCGCGGUGUUCUCCCCCGUGGGCACCCUCUCCGACAAGGUCCUCGUCGGGCUCACGCGCCUCCGCGCGGCCGCCACACCGGACGACGUCAUUCUCUCGGCGCCGGAGACGACCACGGGGGAGCACUUGGCGGAGCUCGGGUUCUCGUCCUCCAUCGUGGAGCGGUUUCUGCGGCCGUUCCUCGCCGGGAUAUUCUUCGACCCGGCGCUCGACACGUCGUCCCGCCUCUUCGAGCUCGUGUUCAAGCGCCUCGCUCUGGGCGACAACGCCCUGCCGGAGGACGGCAUCGGCGCCAUCGCGGCGCAGCUCGCGGCUCGCCUGCCUGCGGGCUCCGUCCGCCUCAACACCCGAGCCGUCGCCAUCGACCAGUCCGGAGUGACGCUGGACACCGGCGAAACCAUCCCCGGCGACCUCGGCGUCAUCGUCGCUGUCGAGCAGCCACAGGCCGAGAAGCUGCUGCCGCAGCUACCAACUCAAGAAAAGGCCAAGAAAUCGGAGAGGAGCACCGUGUGCGUCUACUUCUCCACCGACCGGGCGCCGGUCCAGGAUCCCAUCCUGCUGCUCAACGGGUCGGGCAAGGGGAUCGUGAACAACAUGUUCUUCGCCACCAACGUGGCGCCGUCGUACGCGCCGGCGGGCAAGGUGCUGGUGUCCGUGUCCCUCGUCGGCUCGUUCGCCGACAGGGAGGACGCCGAUCUGGCCGACGAAGUGGUCCGUGAGCUCGGCGGGUGGUUCAGCCCCGCAGAGGUCGCGUCGUGGACGCACUUGAGGACGUAUCGCAUCGGGUUCGCGCAGCCGGACCAGACGCCGCCCACGACGCCGGCGGGGAGGGACCCGAGAGUGGGUGACGGAUUGUACGUGUGCGGUGACCACUGGUGCUCCGCCACGUUCGACGGCGCGCUGGUGUCCGGAAGGAGGGCGGCCGAGGCUCUGGCCAUGGACAGGGGACUAUUCUCCUCUUCCUAGUAUGAGAUCAGCCUAUGUUUAACUGCACUGCAGUGGAAAGAAAAUUCAUCUGGCACGAUGCGUGACGGUUUUUUCGAGUGACAAGUACAUGUACAUCUUCAAAUCAACGGCUAAAUUUCACCUUGUAAAUUCCUCUUCCUAUUCUGAUUCGGGUUUACUCAUUUAAUUCA